CACUGGGAUGAUCUUACCAUCGCUUCCCUAUGAGCCAUUAGCUAUGAGCUGCCAUCUAUUUCCUGAAUGAUACUUUCAUUUUUAGACGUGAAGCCCUCCUUUUGAAGUUCUAUCUCCAUCUCCUCACCUUGUUAUAUGUCCUCAUGACACACAUUUGCAUCCAUUGGAUUCCCAACUAGUGCUUGAUCCUCAACCAUGACAUCUAGGCUCACUACAGAUUUUUCCAUAGCCUCCUUCUCCUGUGAAGAAUCCGCCUCCAUAGCAAGAUUCAAGAGACUAAAAAGAAGGAAACUAACUAAAUUAACAAAACAAUUUCUGAAAGACUUAUAACAAUGGCUAGAAUGAAAGUACUAGACAUAAGAGACAACUCACUCUCCACUAGGAGAAAAGCUCCGGAGGCUCUAAUCACCAGGAUGACUUAAACUUCUAGAGAGAUAAAGUUAGGGAUAUUAAAAUUUUCCCAAGUAUCGAAGACAAACACCAAUCAAAGUCAUAUACUCCGUAUGUAAAUAAUGCAAUACGGAAUAGUUAAAUUGAAGCAACUUACCGAGUCUCCAAGGGUCCGAGGAAGUAAACACCACACACAAACAUUUGGAGGGAAGAACAUUUUACAUUCCCGCCAUCAGAAAAACCCCAAUUCUCAAGGUUACUUGCUCCAUUCAACACUUUCUCCAAAAUUUCCAUCUCUCUCUCCUCUUUUUUCUUCAAGCUUUUGAGUUUUAGCUGAAUGCAACGUCAAUGGCGAAAUCCGAAUACGAUUCAAAGUCAGAUGGCCUCGAAAUCCUCUCCGUUGGAGCUCUAUACACCGGACCUUGGGAUAAGAAGUACUGGAGCUCCUCUAGGGGAAAAGACCGAUAUCCUUAUCCAGUUGGCUACCAAGCCCUUCGAACCCACAAUGGGCUCACUUAUAAGAUGGAAAUCCAUGAGGGUUCAAAAGGGCCCAUAUUUCAAAUUACCUCCAAUGACAAACAAUUUGGUUCUGGAGAAACACCAGACAGAGCAUGGGGGAACUUUCAGAAGAAAUGCUUGACUCGUAUCAAGCUUUGGCAUGGGAAGAGAUCUUCUGGCAAAAUUGACGGCGUGGAGUUUUUUGGAUUUAAAAAUGCAUUGGUCCAGAGAUUACUCCGGGAGCUCGUAGCCACUGUAAAUGAUGCCUCUGAUCGGAGUUCAGUUUUUACCAACUGUAAUGAAGCUUCUCCAAAAGGUCAUGACGCUGAGUGCUUCAUGACACACAAAUACCCUGAUUUGAGGUCUUGUCUUGAGAAAACUACUGUAACUGGUAAGAGAAGCAGAACCUCUAGAGGAACAGUUACAAAGUUAGCUUGUAAAAGUGGUCAUGAAAGAUGGCAACCUCCACAUCUAGGUAAUGAUACCAAGGCUCUAUAUUCUGCAUCUGGGAAGAUGGACAUUGAUGAACCCCUGAUUUCCUGUACUCCGAGUGAUCACCAUGAUAAAGGGGCUUUGCAAGUAACAUCAAACAUGGAGCUUGGAGAUAAUGUUUUGUUAUCAGCUCAUGGUCUACCUGUAAAGUCUCAUGAAGUUCCUAAUGAUCCAAAAACUGAAUCUUGUUUAAUCCAAGUGCAGAGUGAGCCUCCUAUCAUGGAAACAUGCGUAGCAGCAUCCUCACUUGUUGUAGACAUGCCACAAGAAGAGAAACCUCUUGACAGACAAUGUAUUGAAGUCCAAGUAGUUGGUUUACCUGUGGCAACUGAAGAAGGAAGUCAGAUGGUUCAAGUUAUACCUGACCUGUUAAAGCCAAGGUCUCCACUUCUGAGGGAUUCCCAGGUCAGUCAUGCUGGUGAUCUAUUUGCGCCUGAUUCCUCAGAUACUCAACAAGAAAUUGCCUGUGCUCUGAAUUCUGGCAGUUAUAGUGGAGAGCAGGCCAUAGCAAGAAUUGAACCAGUUGGUGAGAUGGCGUUGUCCGAGGAGGCCAUAAUGGGAUCACAUUCAGAGGAGAGAAGCUAUUACUUGAAUGGAAAUUCUGAAAAAAGUGAUUUUGAUUCUGUUGAUGAAGAUAUAGCCAAGUCAAUGAUGGCACUUUUAGUUCCGCUAGCAGUUCCACUUCUUACAUAUUCAUCACGAAAAAGGAGAAAAACUAAGCGCCUUAAAAAUUCACUAUCUGCUGAUGUCAAAUCUUCUGCUGGAACACUUGCUUAUUCUGGUUCAAAUGGACAAACAAAAGUGUAUCUUUCGAGUGCAAUUGAUUCGGGUUCAUCAACGAUGGGAAACCUCAGAUAUGUUGUUCCAGACAGUGUAGAAAAUGACCAGUAUGAAGAUCAUGUAGCCAAUGAGCUACCAACUGCCUAUAAUGCUCAAGCAGUUGCUGCCCAUUUGCAGAAGGAGAAGCAAGAACCUGAUAAAAGAGGGUCAUCUCCUGUACUUGAUGUAACUGAUUUUUCCGCUCAUCAAAAUGAGAUCACUGAAAUCAAAGAAAAUCUCAGAUAUAUUGUUCCAGAUAGUGUAGAAGAUGAUCAGUAUGAAGAUCGUUUAGCCAAUGACCCACCACCUUCUGAUAAUGCUGAAGCAAUAGCUGCACAUUUGCAGAAGGAGAAGCAAGAGCCUGAUAAAAGAGGGUCAUCUCCUGUACUUGAUGCAACCAAAUUUUCCUCUCGUCAUAACGGGAUCACUGGAAUUAAAGAAAACCUCAGAUAUGUUGUUCCGGACAGUGUAGAAAAUGACCUGUAUGAAGGCCAUGAAGCCAAUGAGCUACCACCUUCCAAUAAUACUGAAGUAGUUUCUGCCCAUUUGCAGAAGAAGAAGCAAGAACCUGAUAAAAGAGGGUCAUCUCUUGUACUUGAUGCAAACAAGUUGUCCUCCCAUCAAAACGAGAACUCUAAAUUCAAAGAAGUUUUCUCUCAUGAUGAAUUGCAGAAAAUAAAUGACGGGAUAUCUCAGAAUGAUUGUGCUCUUGCUCUUCAUUCUGCUGUGCCCUGCCCAUUGUCUGUUCCCCUGGAUUGUGUUGCUACAUGUUCCAUACCUGACGAUCAGUACAAAAAUGCAGAUAGGAAUUCUAAAUCCAUUGAGAAUUGCUCCAAGUACACAGAUCUGGAGAUUAUGCCUGAUUGCAAAGGGCCUGGGUUUAUUUCUGUACCUGAAAAGCAACAAUGUUCCCCUGCAAAUAUACACCCAAAAAUGGACAAUCAUGGAGCUACUCUGUCAGAGACCAUAAUUUGCAGGGACAUUUGGGACAAAUGGGUUCCUGAAAUAAAUCAAAAAUCUGGAAACUUGGUAUCUACCAAUUCUUGCCAAGAUAGUGCAUUUGGUGAUAGUGACAGCAGCAAAGCUUUGUUCAGUAGAAGCAGGAUUGGAGGACAUUUUUCUAAUUUGCAGAAUGGUGAUAUGGAAGAUGCUUUGGCUCAAGAUUGUGUCUUGCAAGACCAAGCAUUGAGUUUUACCUUCAGUAAGAAUGAUGUACAAUUUACUGAUGGGGGCAAUUUCUAUGUGAGAAAAUUUGAGGCAUACAUUGACAAGGAUAAGAUUGGAAAUCAACAUUCUGACUCUGUAUACCAGUUAUCAGACCAGGAUAAAGUUUCUUCUCAAAAAUGUGCAUCCCAUAUCAAGGAAGAUGAAGCUGAAAGCCAUCCCAGUUGUCUGAAAAAACAGGAGUUCGAUGAUAGGAUAGAAGGCAGUACGAAGCUUAUUGGUCGUUACUCUCAUCCAAUGCGUAUUUCAUCGGUAAUGUUGACAAGAACACCCCAUGAAAUCUACAUUUGUGUUUCAUGUGGUCUACUGGAAGAAAAGAGAAGGGACUUGUUUCUGUACAAGCUAUCUACUUCAGAACCUAGUCCAGGGAGCCCUUGUAUGGUUGGUCAUACGUCUAUGAGCUUACCUUCCCUAAAAGAUGAAUUUGGUAGAGAAGUUGCAGUUGAUAAAUUUGGAUUACAGUUCACACCAGAUGCCAGUGGCCUAGUUUUAGCAGACUCCAUCAGGGUGCCUUACUGCAGGGAGAAAAAUCUUCACUGUUUGUGUCCGCAAUGUGAAACUUGCUGCUUCGAGGAGAAUGCUGUAAAGAUUGUACAAAUCAAAAUUGGCUACGUCUCCCUUGUGGUGAAGCUGAAAACAGUUUUCUCUGUUCAUUGCUUAAUAGUUUGUGAACCUGAUCGUCUGAUCGCUGUGGAUGAGAGUGGAAGAAUCUACAUAUGGAUUAUGAAUUCAACCUGGAGUGAACAGACAGAGGUACAUGUUAUACCAAGCUAUGACUUUCUCCCAUCUCGCAUUGUAGAGUUGAAGAGAAUUCCUAAAUCAGCUUCCAUGGUGGUUGGGCAUAAUGGUUACGGAGAAUUUAGUCUGUGGGACGUAAUCAAGCGCACUCUUGUAUCACAAUUUUCUGCUUCUGCAAGUUCAGUUAUCGAUUUUCUACCAGUAAGUUUGUUUAAAUACCCAAGCAAGGGCCUGUCUCAUGACAAAGUUGUGAUAGAGGAUUGUGUCAGGAAACUUGAGGAAGCAACUAUGUUGUGGUUCUCAAGGCAUGAUGUAGCAAAUAUCUCAUGCCCAAUGGAAGGUGAAGAUACUGCUAUCUGGCUUCUUAUACGCACUUCAUCAGACACUCGUGUUCAAACUUCUUGUUACUCAAGUAAUCACUGUUUGAACUUGGAUGGAUGUUGGAGGCUUGGUUUGUUGAUGAAAAAUUUGGUGACUUUGGGAGCUGCUCUUAAUUCAAGCAUUACUGCAAUUGGUACAUCAUCAGGCACUGGGGUCAUUGGUACACAAGGAGGACAAGUGUAUACGUGGGAGUUGGCCACAGGAAGAAAACUUGAAGCUUUACAUGAUCUUGAAGGCAAGGAAGUCUUGCAUAUUGCUAAUGAUGGGUCAACCUCAUCUGCUAUGGCUGUAGCUGGAGAUGGUGGUCAGUUGUGCGUUUAUCUCCGCUCUUGAAAUCUUGUGAACAGUCAUACAUAUAUUUUUUUGUCUGCUACAGCAGUUUCCUAUAAAAAUGUAUUGGACAUGUAAUGUGAUAAUGAUACACCUGGUUCUGCUGGUGCAUAAUACCCUCAUGAUGGCUAGCCGUGGUUGCUCGUGCUGUUCAGUUGACAAACCAGAAACUGCACUGAGUUCAAUCACUGUUGAGUUCUGCGCAGCUUAAGGAAGAAAGGGACAGAGACUGCAUAUAAGUAGCUAGCUAAAAUUGGUUGUUUCCUGAAGCAAAAGACAGGAACUAACCUACCAAACUAUUUUUUGAUCCUAGGAACAGGAUACCAAGUUUCCUGUGCAUUAGAUGUAGAUCAACAUAUCAUAAUGUAAAUUCGAUUCUUUUGGAAAUUAUUUCCUUGUAAAUGUAAUAAACACAUAACUAAUAUGACCCCCUUAUGGUUAGACCUGGAAAACGUAUUGUGUCGUGUUCGUUUUUGUGUUGGAAAUUAAACGGGUUGGGGAUGGUCGACAUUAACCCGACCCAUUUAAUAAACGUAUGGUGUCGUAUUGACCCAAUUAAUUAAUCGUGUCGAGAAUCCUUAACACUAA